AUGAUGCCGAUACGCACAGUGCGCGUGAGAGAGCCGGCGGCGUGUUUACGCUCGGACGAUGUGAUUGGUGUGCCCGUCUCGCAUGUCAGGUAUCAGAAGUUCAAAUCCCGGCACACCAUUGGAUAUACACCACUGAUGAGUUCUAAUAAGAGCGAAACUCAAGUUCAGUGCUUGCCUCCUAUGGCGCUGGGAUCCAGCAUGCAGUCCCAAAGCACGUGGGACCGACUUCGUCGAAAGGAUCUUUUCGCACAAUCACGUGAAGGGUGA